CUGGUUGCUAGUGCUUCAUAGGUUGAGAAGUAUAAUAUCACUUUGACCUCGCUUUACCUUACCUCACCUCACCUCACCUCACUUCACUUCACCUCAACGUCACUCCAUCUUGACCUCACUUUAUUUACCAGUCUAAAAUAUACAUAUUUUCAUAUCGAUUCAUUUUCCCAGGCUGGGAAAGACGAGACCAAUCUUAAUAUUCACCAGAGAUUUGUUCCCAAUCUCAUCGGAAGAACGGAUUUGCGGCUGGGAACGGGUUGAUACCUGUGGUGUCACUUUUAUUUGUGUACAGGUCAACAAGGUGAUUGGAUCGUAUCGAGGAUUAAAAGGCGCACUAAGAGUGGAUUUUUUCUCCACGAAGGCUUCAAAAAUUCCUCUACCGCAGCAAGUCAUUUGCAUAAGAGUUUCUUCACACAGCCUCGCAAAUCUAUCCCCUUCAAAACUCUCCCACAACACAUACCUUCUUCACCCAUCCACCGUCUUUUCCAUCAAGAUCGAUUCCUUAACUCACGUUACACUCUUUCUCAAUAAUACCCAUCACACCUGAUAUUCCCAAACAAUAAUUCGCAUUUGUACAGUCAAGAUGGAGAAAGAAGCUGCCCAUGCGCAUUCCCCAGAGGUUGCCUCAGUUCAAGAUAAUGUCGAUUUUCGCACCAAUACUCCUACCACCGCCGUCGAUCAACAAGGAUGGAAGUAUAAGCAUCGUCGAUUCCUGGGCAUGUCCUUUUGGUAUGCAUCUCCUCGAAUUCAACUUACCAUGGUUGCUUUCGUCUGUUUCCUCUGUCCGGGUAUGUUUAAUGCGCUUGGUGGUCUUGGUGGUGGUGGAAAGGCCGAUCCAACUCUUGCAGAUCAUAUGAACACCGCCCUCUACUCCACCUUUGCAGUCUUCGCUUUCUUCGGUGGAACUUUCGUCAAUAAAUUGGGUAUCAAGACUUGUUUGGCCUUUGGUGGUAUUGGAUAUUGUAUUUAUGCAAUUUCUCUCCUCGCCUCGGUUCACGCAAACGUGGGUGGCUUUAACAUCUUCGCCGGUGCACUUCUUGGUGUUUGUGCUGGUUUACUCUGGACUGCACAAGGAACUAUCAUGGUUUCCUAUCCGUAUGAAGGUGACAAGGGAAAAUACUUUGGUGUUUUCUGGGCAGUUUUCAACUUUGGUGCGGUUCUUGGUGCUUUGAUCCCACUUGGUCAAAAUAUCAAUGUCAAGACCAACAGUACUGUCACUGACGGAACUUACAUCGCAUUCAUCAUUCUCAUGUUUGCCGGUGCUGUCUUAGCUCUCUUUUUAUGUAACGCCGAUGACAUUGUUCGGCCUGAUGGCACCAAAGUUGUUCUCAUGAAACAUCCAUCCUGGAAAUCCGAAUUCAUCGGUCUUUAUGACACCAUUGUUCAAGAACCAUUUAUCAUCCUCCUCUUCCCCAUGUUCUGGGCUUCCAAUUGGUUUUACACUUAUCAACAAAAUGGAAUCAACGCCGCUGUUUUCAAUACCCGUACUCGUGCUCUCAACAAUGUCUUAUACUGGACUGCACAAAUUUUCGGCGCCAUCAUCUUCGGUUUCGGUCUCGAUGCUGGUAACUUCCGUCGUUCGGUUCGUGCCAAGUCCGCUCUCGCUCUCCUUUUCUCUAUCACCAUGAUUACUUGGGGUGGUGGAUAUGCCUUCGAGAAAACCUACACGCGUGAGAGCACCAACUCGGCUACCGGAGGCUAUGUUCCCGUCGACUGGAAUGAUGGAGGCAAAAAGUACAUUGGUCCUAUGUUCCUCUACAUCUUUUAUGGAUUCUUCGAUUCCGCGUGGCAAGGAUCGGUUUACUGGUUCAUGGGUGCCCUCUCUAACUCUGGUCGUAAAUCUGCCAAUUAUGUCGGUUUUUACAAGGGUAUUCAAUCAGCUGGUGGUGCUGUCAUGUGGGCAUUGGAUGCUAAGAAACUUUCUUACCGUGAUGAAUUCAUCAGUAACUGGGUUCUCCUCUCCGUUUCUUGCAUCAUCGCUGCUCCUGUCAUCUUCAUGAGAAUCAAGGAUACCGUUACCGUUGAAGAAGAUUUACAAGGCACAGAUGAAACACUCGCAGAUGUGGUUCCAGAAGGCCACGCAGAGAAAUUGGGUGGUGGUCAUGAAUUGAAUACUCAUGAUCCUCUUUCUCGUUCCGAUAAUGUUUAGAUACUUUUUUUCGGUGGCGUCUUAUACUUUUCCUUUCGAGACUAAUUCAUCGCGCUGGCUUUCAUUGAUUUGGCUUUGGCAUGGGAUUUCUGGUUUUUGCGCUGUGGUGGAUGGAAAUGGGUGGUGGGGGUAAAAGUGAUGGAUAAAUGGAUGGAUAGCCAAACAAAAAGACGAACAUACUUCACUCCUGAAAUUACUUACUCUCUUCUCGUUAUCUUUCAACGUCCUAUCCGACACGCAAGAUCAAGAGAAAUGUAAUGGUCUUUCAAAGCUAGUUUUUGACUUGUCAGUCAGUUAAUUAGUUGAUUGGGUCAUCUCUUCUCUUCUUUCUCGUCCUCGAAGAUAAAGAAGUAUCAGAGUUGACUUUGGGAGGGAAUUUUUUCAUAUUUCAUGUUUCAUUUUUUUCAUACUAGGCGAGGAGAGCAGGAAAAAAAGUUUCAUUUUCUAAGAGCGCUUCUUUCUCUGGCUCUCGACUUCCUCUCGCUCUUGUUAAUGGCUGGGCUGGGCUUGGGUUCAACUAGAACUGGGUUGGGAUUACUGAUGUUAGGUCUUUGAUGUUAAUCGUAUCAUAGACAGACAGAUGAGGGGUUCAUGAAUUGCAUGCAUGAUUUGAUAGGGAUUGAUAGGAUCUGAUAUGAUUGACAGGGCAUAUGAAUUGAAUGAAUGAGUGGAUUGUGCUUUUAGCUUUGCUUUAACUUUGGUUGAGCUGGUUUGAUUGGCUUUGGUUUUAGAUACCUCGAGGGCUAUGCUUUGCUAUGCUAAUUAUGCUAAGUUAGUUCGUAGUUAGAUACCUACCUAUCUUCCUAAGUAGUUAGUGAAGAAUUUAAAAUCUCUACACAAGAACUAAUAUGUUACUAUACUGCUAUAUACUAACUAGUAAUUUCAUGAUGAUAUAAUAAUAUAUGUAGUAAUAAUGUAGUUUAUCAG